CCCAUUAAUCCCCCUGUGUUUGAGAGGCCAGCUGAAGGCGGCAGGGAGAAGGCAAUUCCUGGCUGGUGGACGGCAUCUGAGCAGGCGUCAGGAUGUUGGGCUGGGUCCAGCGGGUGCUGCCUCAGCCCCCAGGGACCCCUGGGAAGACCAAGGUGCAGGAGGAGGAGGGGGCGGAGCCAGAGCCAGAGCCUGACCUGGAGGUGGAGCUGGAACCUGAGCCAGAGCCUGAAACAGCCCCCCAGGAGGCCAGGCUGGAAGAGGAGUCCCUGCCACCCGAGGAGCCAUUCGGAGGGGAGGAAGCAGCCAUGGCUGACCCAGACCCCCAGGACACCCAGAAGGCUGCCUCUGCCCCGCCCACAUGCCUGCAGGCCCAGGUUGCUGCGCUUCCCGGAGUGAACAGUCCUAGCGCCUGGGCGCUGAGCUGGCUCAGGAGGGGUGUGGAGAAGGUCGUCCCGCAGCCCGUGGCUAGCGGCGGGCCAGCCCAGAGUGUGGCAGUCGGCCUGGAGGGCCCGGAUCAGGCAGGAGCACAGACCCUUGGGCACUGCGGCGCUGGGGGCUCAGCCGGGUCCAAGGAGGCCUCCAGGGGGAAGGACGCUGGGUCCGGGUCCUGGCUGCUCAGGUGGUUUGAGCAGAACCUGGAGAGAGUGCUGCCUCAGCCUCCCAAAACCUCGGAGGGCUGCAGAGACGAGCCCGAGCCCGCAGACGCUGCCCUGGGGCCAGAGCCCCCAGGACACCCCUCGGAAACAGAGCCCACGCUGCAGGCCCCGGAGACUCACCCCCUGCCCACUCCUGGCCCCCCGGAGCCCGAGGAGGAGCUGACCUCAGAGCCAGAGCCCCAGCCGGAGCCCGGCUUCCAGGCUUCCUCCCUGCCGCCCCCUGGCGACGCCGCCAGGUUGGUGGCGUGGCUCCUGCAUAGGCUGGAGAUGGCCCUGCCGCAGCCGGUGCCCCGUGCAAAGGCUGAGGAGCAGGAGCCUGGCUCUCCUGGGACGUGUGACGUGCAGACUAUCAGCAUCCUGCCCGGAGGGCAAGAGGAGCCGGAUCUCGUGCUGGAAGAGGUUGACCCUCCCUGGGAGCAGGGUGAGCGUCAGGAGGGCAGCACUAGCAGCCCACGGGGCUCAGAGGCGGCGGCUCCAGUUUAUGAAGAGGAGCACGUGGCUACGGAAGAGAUGCCCAGGGAGCUUCCCCGGAUUCAGGAGGAGAAAGAAGAUGAGGAGGAGGAUGAGGAGGAGGAAGAGGAAGAAGAAGAGGAGGAGGAGGCUGAUGUCCUGCUGGAUAGCUGUCUCGUGUCAGAGGCCGGCGAGGACCGGAGCGGAGUAGCCAGGACGGUCACCCGGAGGGCCUCAUGCCAGGAGGAGGCCUCAGCUGCCCGCUCAGGAGUGCCUGCCACGAAAGAGCACCCUGAAGUGCAGGUGGAAGACACGGAUGCUGACCGCCAGCCCCUCAUCGAGGAGGACCAGCCACCCUCACCGGAGGAGCCACCGCCACCCUCUCCCGCCAAAUCCGACACCCUCACAGUCCCGGGGUCGGCUGCAGGGACCCGCAGGAAGCAGCUGCCCUCCCAGGAUGAUGAGGCUGAAGAACUCAGGGUGCUGUCACCAGCCGAAGCCCCCGUGGUCGCCUGGUUGGAGACCCCCACCCCAAAGGAGACCGACGGCCAGGACCGCGCGUCCUCCACGGCCAGCCAGAACAGCGCCAUCAUCAACGACCGGCUGCAGGAGCUGGUGAAGCUCUUCAAGGAGCGGACGGAGAAGGUGAAGGAGCAGCUCAUCGACCCGGACAUCACCUCCGACGAGGAGAGCCCCAAGCCCACUCCAGCCAAGAAAACCCCGGAGCCGGCCCCCGACACGAAGGCCGCGGAGGCGGGGCAGGUGGAGGAGGAGCACUACUGCGACAUGCUCUGCUGCAAGUUCAAACGCCGGCCCUGGAAGAAGUACCAGUUCCCCAAGAGCAUCGACCCGCUGACCAACCUGAUGUACAUCCUGUGGCUGUUCUUCGUGGUGAUGGCCUGGAACUGGAACUGCUGGCUGAUCCCGGUGCGGUGGGCCUUCCCCUACCAGACGCCGGGCAACCUCCACCUCUGGCUGCUGAUGGAUUACCUGUGCGACCUCAUCUACUUCCUGGACAUCACCGUGUUCCAGAUGCGCCUGCAGUUCGUCAAAGGAGGGGACAUCAUUACAGACACAAAGGAGAUGCGGAAUAACUACCUGAAGUCUCCCCGCUUCAAGAUGGACUUGCUCUGCCUGCUGCCCCUGGACUUCCUGUACCUGAAGUUCGGCACGAACCCCCUGCUGCGCCUGCCCCGCUGUCUGAAGUACUUGGCCUUCUUCGAGUUUAACAGCCGCCUGGAGUCGAUCCUCAGCAAAGCCUACGUUUACAGGGUCAUCAGGACCACCGCCUACUUGCUCUACAGUUUGCACCUGAACUCGUGUCUGUAUUACUGGGCGUCCACCUAUCAGGGCAUCGGCUCCACUCACUGGGUCUAUGAUGGCGUGGGCAACAGUUACAUUCGCUGUUACUACUGGGCUGUGAAGACCCUCAUCACCAUCGGUGGGCUGCCCGACCCCAAGACGCUGUUUGAGAUUGUCUUCCAGCUGCUCAACUACUUCACGGGCGUCUUUGCUUUCUCCGUGAUGAUCGGACAGAUGAGAGACGUGGUGGGGGCCGCCACGGCGGGGCAGACCUACUACCGCAGCUGCAUGGACAGCACGGUGAAGUACAUGAACUUCUACAAGAUCCCCCGGUCCGUGCAGAAACGCGUCAAGACCUGGUACGAAUACACCUGGCACUCCCAAGGCAUGCUGGAUGAGUCAGAGCUGAUGGUGCAGCUUCCAGACAAGAUGCGGCUGGACCUCGCCAUCGACGUGAACUACGACAUCGUCAGCAAAGUGGCGCUCUUCCAGGGCUGUGACCGACAGAUGAUCUUUGACAUGCUGAAGCGGCUGCGCUCCGUCGUCUACCUGCCCAACGAUUACGUGUGCAAGAAGGGGGAGAUAGGCCGCGAGAUGUACAUCAUCCAGGCGGGGCAGGUGCAGGUCCUGGGGGGCCCUGACGGGAAGUCCGUGCUGGUGACGCUGAAAGCCGGCUCCGUGUUUGGAGAAAUAAGCCUGCUGGCUGUCGGGGGCGGGAAACCGCCGCACCGCCAACGUGGUGCCCACGGGUUCACCAACCUCUUCAUUCUGGACAAGAAGGACCUGAAUGUUUUGGUGCAUUAUCCCGAGUCCCCGAAGUUACUGCGGAAGAAGGCCAGGCGCAUGCUGAAAAACAACACCAAGCCGAAGCCGAAGAGCGUGCUGAUCCUUCCGCCGAGGGCCGGCACCCCCAAGCUCUUCAACGCCGCCCUGGCCGCCGCGGGGAAGAUGGGCGCCAGGGGGGCGAAAGGCGGCAAGCUGGCCCACCUCAGGGCUCGACUCAAAGAACUGGCGGCGCAGGAGGCGGCCAUGAAACAGCAGCAGCUGCUGGAACAGGCCAAGAGCUCAGAAGACACUGCAGGAGAGGCAGGCUCUACCGCCCCUGACCAGCCUGCGCCCCCGGAACCCCCAGCCCUGGAACCCUCGGCCCCGGAACCCUCAGCCCCAGCCUCUCAGCCACCUGCCUCCCCCGGGGAUGCCACGAAGGGGGCAGCUGGUCCCGAGGAGCAUUCGGUGAGGAUCUGCAUCAGCCCUGGCCCGGACCCUGGAGAACAGACCCUGUCGGUGGAGAUCCCAGAGAAAGAGAAGAAGGGGGCAGAGUGA